AUGGCUUCAAAAGAAGCAAUACUUAAUGAGAUACCCGUUGAGAUCACAGCAAACCUGGAUUGCGCCAUACGUCAUCUACGCCUCGUGGUGGGCAAGCGCUUUCUAUGGAUUGAUGCAGUUUCGAUGAACCAGAAGGAUGUGCAGGAACGAAACCACCAAGUGCGGAUCAUGGGAAACAUCUACAGAACUGCUGGGAGAGUGAUUAUCUGGCUUGGGCCUGUCGACCCGACGAAUCUGCAUCUGAGAGCAAUACUUGGGGCAAUGCAAUUCCACUUCUCCAACGCAAGCCCUACUCCCACAACACUGUUCGAUUAUGCAUGCAGCAUCAGCUCGCUGGUCGAGGCCCAGACCCAAGUCAAUCCAAAGGAAUGCUUACUCGAUGCCAUUCACGGACUUAUAGACCGCGCUUGGUUCGGAAGAGUAUGGGUAGUGCAAGAGCUGGCACUAGCCAAAAAUGCAAUGAUACAUGUUGGCUCAUUCUCAUUUCCAUGGAACUCGUUCGAGCGGUUCAUGACAUGGCUGCCGCACCACAACUUCGACCCAAGGACUCGACCUGAGCUCGCCGAAGCAGCUGCGAGAGUUGUCAAGGUCAGCUGUAACACGCCCUUUUCUUCCCAGCUCUGCCGCACAGUCCAUCUCUCAGCGACCGACCCGCGUGACAAAGUGUUCAGCAUCAUUGGCAUCUCGGAUCCUUCUAGCACGGACAUUAAGCCUGAUUACACUAUGUCAUGUCAAGGGGUAUUCGCUGCCGCUGCCGCUGCCGUAUUGCGCGAAGGGAAAUUCGCCAUCUAUUUCCACGCGCCCCUUCACCCAUUGCGGCAGAGCCAGAAGCUGCGAAAACUGCCACACUUGCCGUCCUGGGUGCCUGAUCUCCGAAUCACGGGAGCCGCAUAUACAAAGAAACACGUGGGCUAUACCGGAUAUCGCACAGAUUUCGACACAGAUCCCAGCAAGACAUAUCACCGCCCGACCACGAUUCUUAGCCGGUCGCAGUAUGACACUCCGAUUGAGCAGUUCUUGGGCAACAUGUGCCGCCAAUUACCAUUUCCACCUGCCAGCUUCUCCGCCGAUCUAACCCAGCUCCACGCCCCAGGCCUUGUUCUCGGGGAGAUCAAAAAGACCUCUGGAGACCGCUUGUACAGCAUGGGCGACGCCUGUCUGCACACCGGCCUCCCACUCAGCGUGUACCACAUAUUCCACGACAUGGCGCGGCCCUGCGGCGUGAGCGCGGAAACCUUUGUGCGCGGAUUACUGCGCCCGUGGACCGAUCUCAAGGUGUACCAUCGAUUCCCCAAGCAGGCAGCGCUGCAGCUCUUCGAUCUGGGGCUGCGGCGCUCGAGCGUCUCGGCGCCGGUGUGGGAUGCAGUGCAGGAGAUUUGCGUCGACAUCAAGCGCAAUGCGGCGAACCGGACGCUGUUUGUUACGGAAAACGGCCACGUUGGCCUCUCGUACCAUCCGGAUGUUGUCGGGGGUAUAUGCACGGGCGAUGUCGUGGCUGGGCUGUUUGGCAUUAAUUUUCCGUUCAUAUUGCGGGGAAACGGGGAUGGUUCGUAUCGGAUGGUGAAUGUUUGCAAUAUAGUCGAUCACAGUUGGGGUCAUGGCUUUCUCAGGAAUCAAGAGGGAGACGCGUGGAAUACCUUGGAUCGGAAUAGGCCUGGGAAUCUGUUCACAAGCUGUGAGGAUUUUGGUAUGCGAGAGUUUGUCAUUGUAUAA